GGUCGGUGUGUCGACAUCCGCUCUCCGCCGGAAGUCUUGCGAACCAGACGCCGCCGAUGUUUUGACGCCUACGUCAUUGUUUUGACGCCGAGGCUCGCGGUGCACCGAACAUGUCGAGCGCCGAGCGAACCGCUUUGGCGUCCGAGUGGGACGACGAUGAGCGAAUGAAUUUCCUCUUCUCCGCCUUCAAAGGGAGCCGCGAUGUGAACACGAUGGACUGGGACAGCAAAAUGGACUUCUGGACGGCGCGGGUGCUACACAGCUGCAAGGAGCGUCGCACAGUGUGCGUCAACUUGCAAGAGCUCAACAAGACCUUCACGAGGAAAGGAAAAUCUCCUCUGGGCUUGCCCACCGUCUUGGACGCCAUGGCGAGAUGCGGCCAGCUUCAGCGGGAGUCCGAGUUUGCCGCCGGGGUGGACUGCGGCUGGCUCAGGUGGGGCGUGGGCCUCCUGCUGCUCCAGCCUCUCAAAUGGACCUUCUCCUACCUGGUGGGGGCGAGCCGCCCGGCUCCCGAGGAGUCGUUUGUCGUCGUCCAGCUGGUGAAGGAGAAAGCAGCUGAAGUGCUGAGGAUUUACCAAAGCAGCGAAUAUGCGAGUCGCCCCGUCAUAUCUUUCGAAGAGCUGCGUGCGCUCUCGUCGGCCGCGUGUGCCGACGAGAACGUCCUGCGGGUGGCGCUUCUGCAGCUGCGGAGGGACAAACGAGUGGCCGUCUCCUUGCACCGGGGCGAGAAGGUUAUUAAAUUUUGCCAACCCAGGCAGGCUCGUGUCUCCGCCGUCAGUGACGUCGAUGUCGGCAUCUUCCAGUUACGACGCAGCGAGAAACUGCUGGAGGAGCGUCUGGAGGAACUGGGCCAGGAGGCCGAUAAGUGCAGAGAGGAAGCAAGAGUUCUACUUCGGGAUGGGAAAAAAACUCAGGCUCUGAGGUGUCUGAGAGGCCGAAAAAGGCUGGAAAAGAGAGCGGACGGCUUGUCGGGACAGCUGGAGUCGGUCCGAAGCAUCCUGGAUCGCAUAGCUCAGUCGCAGACCGAUAAAACGGUGAUGCAAGCGUACCAAGCGGGAAUGGCCGGCCUCAAACUCGCGCUCAAGGACGUGACGCCGGAAGGUGCCGAAAGCCUUCUUGAUCAAAUCCAGGAGUUGUGUGACAAACAAGAUGACGUGAGCCAAAGCUUGUCCGGAGGACUGAGCUCUUCAGCUGCUGAGGAUGAUGAGCUGGAAGAAGAACUGAACUCGCUAUUGGACGAAUCCAAAACGGAUCUCGAGGUUCCGCCCAGCGUCCCGGGUGACGACUUCCUGGAUUCGCUGCCCGCCGUCCCUCAAACGGAGCUGAAUGUGGACACCCGGCAGCUGGAGGAAGAACUCCGGCAGCUGAUGCUCUGAACGGCCGACUGGGUUGUCUCCUUUCUUUGUUUUUUUCGUGUCAUCGUGACCACGAAGUCGACGAAGAUUGUUUGCGUUGCUGCGGCGCAUGAUGCAGAUUAGAAUGCAGAAAGAAAAAAUAAUAAUAAAUGCCUCUGAAGUGCACUUUCUUUUUUAUGCAUAGUUGGAGUGAAGAUUGUUGUCUACCUGUAAUCUUGUUUCUUGUUUGCCAAAUAAUUCCCAUCAAAGCACACAAAUCUCUCGAGUGUACUCAAGUCUGACAAGUGAAUUUAUCGUCAACAUUUUUUCUGCAAAUAAAAUGUAUUUUAAUCA